AUGAACACAAAUCGAAAUUUACAUUCAACAAAAGUGCUUACAGAAUUCGCGCGUGACUUUGACGAUGAAGAAGACACGGGAAUUCUCUCGCAAUUCGUAAAUAAAAUUAGUAAUAUUGUAAAUACCAAUUAUAAUACCUUGAGUGCGUAUCCAAGUACAUCGACAAAUGUAGGGAGUAACACUGAAAAUGCAAAUCCAGCAGAUUCGGUAGCUUCGCCGACUAAAGAACAGGCAGAAAAUGUGAAAGAAAGCCCAGUGACAAGUAAACAACCUGAGAAACCGGAUGAAUUGCCAUUAGAUGAAAAUGUUGGAAGAACUCCUUUGAACGUCAUUCAACGGAUAAGCAACUUGAUAGCGCAAAAAGAUAACCUUUUGCAAGUUUUGAGCAAAGAACACCUCGACGCCGCAACAUGGUCGAAAAUCCUCAUCCAAAUAAGCGUUCGUGUCGCCAACCAAAUUCGUCCCGAAACCGUUUGCUUCGAUUCCAUGGAUAUCCGCAACUUUAUCAACAUCAAAAAAAUUUCCGCAGGCACUCCAAGCGACAGUUGCAUCAUCGGGGGCGUCGUUUUCAGCAAAAAUGUCACACACAAAGACAUGGCAACUCACAUCGAGAAACCCCGGAUCCUCCUCUUACAAUGCCCGAUCUUAUAUCAACGCGUCGAAGGCAAAUUCGUCACUUUGGACAACUUGAUGAUGCAAGAAAGGGAAAGUUUGCGCAACGUUACGCUCCGCAUCCAAAGCUGGGGUCCAAAUAUCGUCUUGGUUCACAAAAGUGUCGCGGGAAUCGCGCAAGAAAUGCUCCGCGACAAAGGAAUAACGCUCGUGCUCGACGUAAAAAUGUCAAUUUUGGAACGACUGGCGCGAACUUUUCAAUGUGACAUCGUGACGUCGAUCGAUUCGAACAUCAAACACCCGAAAUUGGGCGUUUGCGACGCUUUUUACCGCAAAACGUACUCCGACACGAACGGAAUUUCGAAAUCUUUGAUGUUUUUCGAGAAGCGAUACGAAAAUUCACGUGGUUGUUGCGUUCUUUUGCGAGGAGCUCCGAUUGCGGAACUCACAAAAAUCAAAAAAGUCGUGUCGACGAUGAUUUUCGCGCGUUACAAUUGGAAACGAGAGAUUUCUUUCCUCGUAAAUGAGUUUGCGAGACCUCCAUCGCCCAAACACAAGUACUUUGAGUCCCCAAAAAGCCCGGAUUCGGAAGGAAAAGGCAUCGAAACGCAUCUGGAUGAGGCGAAAAACGACCGAGAAUUCAUAAAAUCGCAGAAAAAUAUCACCGGAAGUGCCGUGGAAGACUUUUCAGACCCCCUGAGAGCAGAUUUGACACCAAAUUUGGACGACUCCAGUUCAAAACUUCACUUGGAAGUGCAAACCACGUACGAUAAUCGCCUCAGAAAUGCUCUUUCUUCGACAAUUUUGUCAAUAAGUCCUCAUAUGACCUUCCCUCUGCCCUAUUUAGAGACCGAAAUCGGCAGAAAUUGCGAAUUGCGACAACGUUUCCCCGAUGAACUUUUUUAUUCGAAGCAAUGGUCAACGACUCCGGUGCGAGAAAAUGUCGUCGAAAUCGUGGAUGACGAAGAAAAUUUGGUAAUUUUGAAGCCGCCGCAUGAAUAUGUGACACAUCAAGUGACAGCCCCAGCAGAAAGUAAAGAAGAACAAGAUUUACUCGCGAAUUUCCGGAUGAAAGGCGGUCGAUAUCCAAAGCGGAUGACUAUGAGGAUCAUCAAUAAGAAGUCAAAUCAUGGAAUUCGAGGCACGGGAACGUCAAUUGAGGAUCACAUUUACAAAGACGCGCUGGAUUUGGAGAAUCAUCAACGACUUCCGGUGCUUUUUUACAGUUUUUACAGUUCGGCAAAGGCCACAUCGUCUUUUUGUUACCUUCCCUAUAUGCUGGAGAUGCAUUUUUAUGGGCAGAAUGACAUCAUGUUCGGGCUUUUUUUGCAGAAAUAUUGCUUCAGGAGUCCCUGUAUUUGUCCGUCGUGUAAUUUGCCGAUGAUUGAUCAUGUGAGACGUUAUGUGCAUUCCAUGGGAUGUGUGCAGAUUAAGAUUCGAGAAGAUAAAAGAUAUGAGGGAAGUGAUAAAAUUAUGAUGACGUCUUUUUGCACGAUUUGUAAUGAAACGACGCCGACAGUACCGAUUUCGGAUGAUUCGUGGUGUUUGUCACUUGCGAAAUAUUUGGAGUUGCGGUUUCAUGGACAUGGGUAUCGGAGGAAUUAUUUGAAG